AUGGACAUGGACAGGGUAUCGAUAUGGAUAAUAGUAUUGCAAUACUCAUUAAACUAUUGGCGAGGCUGUGCCACUAACAGGGGACCGUACAGGGAACGCUACAGGGGACCGUCCAAGGGUUUGAGGGUUGCGGCCGUGAUGGAGUCUGAAAGUGUGAUAUCCUUCUUCGAUUCCGAAUCAAUAAUAUCGGAGUCUUCGACCUCAAGGUCUCGCAAUACGAGAGGCAGAACUGCAGUGGGGACUUGGAGCCAUGCUCGUACGGCCGUGAGGGGAGAAACGGAGUUCAAAGGCCGGAAUCGCCUUCUCUAUUGCCGUCAUUGCCCCCAGGAGAAUGCGUACAGCACGUCGGUUACCACUAACUUUCGAAAACACCUCGAGAGCAAACACAAUAUCCGGGUUAUAGAAGAUUUGACCCCUCUUCAGUCGUCCAUUUUUGAAGGGUUUGAACAGCUGUACCAGCAAGCGCAGGAUCUGGGUCGCACAACCGAGAUCGAGGCGCAGGUCUUCAAAAGUUACCUUGAUCAAGACAAAAUAAACAAGGCCUUGGCAUGGCUAAUCGUUGUACGAAACCUCCCUUACCGAAUUGUCGAAUCCCGUGAAUUCCAUCUCUUCAUUUCUACCUUGAACCCAGUUGCAAAGGAUUUCCUCCCCUUCGCCCAUUCAACCAUACCGAAAAUCAUAGACCAGCAUUUCCUGUCGGCAAAGGAUGUCAUACGAAAGAAGCUCCAGUCAGCAAUAUCUAAGAUUCAUCUUUUUCUUGAUAUUUGGACGUCUCCAAAUCGACUCCUUCUCCUUGGAAUAUGUGCUCACUUUGUCGACCACGCACAAGAAACGCGAAGCAAAGCCCUCCUUGCCCUUCGCCCAGUAGCAAACCACUCAGGUGAAAAACAAUUCGUUACCCUUCUUCCGGCCUUGCGAGAUUUUGGCAUUUUGCGACGCAUUGGUAGUGUUGUGGGAGAUAACUCGAGCACGAAUGACACCCUCUGUCGAGCGUCGAGCACAUGUCUUAGGGAAGAGGAGGACAUUGAUUGGGAUCCGGAAGUUCACCGCCUCCGAUGUCUCGGCCAUGUAAUUAACUUGGCUGUCCAGGCUUUCUUGUUCAAAGAUUCGCUAGACUUAAACCAAUGUGAACAGUACGAUGACAGCGAAGGGCAUGCGGAAAUCCAAAAGCAGCGGGCUAAGUUUCGACUCCUUGGCCCGUUGGGCAAACUGCACAACUUGGUUGUCAACAUUCGGAGUUCGUCAGGACGUACCAAAGAGUUCAAGGAGCUUGCAGGGAGAUUAAUUCCCCUGGACAAUCGUACGAGGUGGAAUAGUUGGUAUCAAAUGCUGCAGGUUGCCACUGAACAAGGGAUUGCGAGUGCCCUGGACUCCUACUGUCGCGUUACGCGGUUCCAAUUCAAUUUUUACUACGCUGAAGAUGCAGUUCUUGAUUCAAUAGCCUGUCAAUUGCCUGUGUAUCCUUGA